AUUCAAUCACAACAGACAAAAGACAAAAUGACACAAUCUUCUGACAAGUAUCCCAAAUUGCAAGACGUUGUGUCUGCUUUCAAGCUUUUGGCAGAAAUCCCAACGAUCAAAUCUGCUGAAUUUAUCCAGGAAAGUGAUGAUCGAUACCUUGUCAGAACAAAUACUUCAGCCCGUUCAUAUGCAACCAAUUCACGUACGACAAGUAGACCACAUGUAACAGUGAAACAGAGCUCAGAUCCGGAAAAGCUCUCCGAAACACAUUGGAUCAGUGCUGGCUCAAACAUUGACUCAAAUGCAGAUCCGAUCAAAGCUAUCUUCUCUUCGCAUCCUUUGUACGGCAAAGGAUCACAAGAUAGUACAAAAGCUCGCACUGUCAUCUUACGUCAGACAAAGAACGAUAAAGGUCAGGAUCAGAGAUCUGUGGAGCUGUGGCAGCAAGAAAGGAUGCUAAAGAGCGUCAACGUCACAGAAGCACAUGGACCCUUUUAUACUGAUGACAUUUAUGGCUCUUUCUCGCUUUAUGAAGACCGUGUGCUCUACACUGCAGAAGAGAAGGAACGUCCAAAAGAGACUGACCUAGGCAAAAGACCCAAAGGAGGUGAUUCUGAUGGCUUAGAAAGCUAUGAGUAUCGGCCGCAGCUUGGUUCUGCCUACAUCGGAAAGUAUUACCCAAAGGUAUUUCAGCUGAAGUUCAAUCUUGCAACGGAUAAUGGACACCCAGCACAACUGUACUGCAUUGAUCCUAGCUCUGUCGAACAAAGGGACUCGAUUCGAGAUCCGAUCCUCUCACAGGCUAUUUUCAGUUCAGAUGGUCAGCAGAUUCUUUUGACAGCCUAUCCUGCCCUCAUCGACGGACGAAGACUCGGCCUAGGUGCCUGUCCGAAUAGACCUUCAAUCGUAUACUGCAUCGAUGGAAAUGCUAGUGGAGCGCAAAAGAAAGACUCUGCCGAAGAGAAUGAUGAAACCAGCAAUAGCUCUACCAUCAAAGAUGCUUCAGUAUGGAAACCGCAGGAUUGGCGUCGACUGUCUCGUGAAGGAUACAGCGGUAGAGCUCCAGCUGUUGCUUCGAAAGACAAAUGCGUAUGGAUCGAAUGUCGCUCCGGUGGACCUCACAAUGGAAGUGAUAUGAUCUAUUCCGUAAAUCCGUCUGAUGGAAAGAGUCAAAUUGCUUGUGAGAUCGAUGAGGUUGACGUGCCAAAAUCGCAGACAGCUUUCCCCGGUAUUUUUACUGAUACGACCUUGACCAGAAGCUGUUCGCUGUCUAAGCUCGAUGCAAUCGCCAUUACGACAAUUUGGGGAUCACGUCAGACUAUUGUUGUUCAUAGGGUGGGUCAAGAUGGCGCACCAAUUGAAGUCACGCCUUUGGGGGUAUCUAUCACCAAUGAAGCCUCGCAAGCGGACCAACCAUGGAAUUACAACCUUCUUUGCACAAAUGGGAACGAUCUUCUGAUUGCCGUUAGAUCGAGUCCGACCUGUCCACAACAGAUAUUGCUUGGCCAUCUUUACGAAAAAGGAGGACGACUUCAUGCGGAAUGGGGCUUAAUCAAGUCGAUGGAUGAAGCAUGGCAAGAUGAGAAGCCCAUCCGUGAUCUGAAACAGAGCGUUCUGGCAAAGAUUAUCCCGAUUCCCACAACUGGCGUGAAAGAUGACGUGAACGAUCAAUCGAUUGAGGCUAUCCUACUUUCGCCUCCCGUCUCUGACAAACCAUUGCCGGUGCUUUUGGAGCUUCAUGGUGGUCCUCAUGGCACAUCACUCACAGCUUUUAGCCCGGCUUUGGCUGCUAUUUGUCUAUCCGGUUACUCAAUCUUGCAACCCAACUAUCACGGAUCCCUUGGACGGGGACAACGUUUUGUCGAAUCUUUGAUCGGUAAUUGCGGUGAUUUGGAUGUGAAAGACUGUCAUUCUGCUGUAGAGUAUCUGUUGAACAAUGCAAGCCAGAUUCAGGAAGGUCUCAAGCUUGAUUCUGAUCGGGUUUACGUGGAUGGUGGUUCACAUGGAGGCUUCCUUUCGUUACACCUUGUAGGACAAUACCCAACCUUUUAUCAAGCAACAGUAGCAAGAAAUCCAGUCACAGCAGUACAGCUGAUGGAAGGUACGAAUGACAUUCCCGAUUGGUUCUAUGCCGAAUUUGGACAUUCGUUCAACUUUUCCAAUCCUCCGCAAUGUAUCACACCUGAACAAUUCAAGAAAUUGUGGGAUGCCUCACCGUUUGCUUAUAUUGAUAAGAUUCAAGUACCCGUCUUAUUGCUUGUUGGUCUAUCGGAUCAAAGAGUGGCACCUUCACAAUCAAAGGUUGUUUAUCAUGCCUUGCAAUCACGUAUUAGGCAAGAAAGAGCAAAGUCUAAUCCAGCUAAAGGCAAAUUGGAUGCUCGAAUGCUGUCGUUCAAGGAUGAGGAACAUCCAUUGAGCGGCAUUGAGGCAGAGUUGAUCUCGUUUGAAGCACGAUUCAGAUGGAUCGCUUGAUGAGAUGCUUGUUACUUACUGAUGUCCACCACCUAUAAAUGAAUUCGAUACUCAUCCAUAUCUCUCUACUUUGGCUGUCUUGAUACUAUUCUAUCGCUCGCUCGUUCGCUAUGGGCUGAUAUGAAGAGAUAAAUGUACAUUGAUGCGUGA